UCCCGCUAGAUGCCGCCAAAACGCUUCGGCGCGUGACGUCAUCGGCGUGCGACGCGCUCGGUCUGCGACCAUAACAACGUCGGAUAACCCUGACUUUUAUCGAUAUCAUUGAUAGUGGAAUAUUGUUCGAAAUUUGUUCGCUCUGUCUUUAAGGUCCCGCACACAUCGUCCCUGAGAGAGCGACACACGUGUGCAGAUUAGAAAAGUACAUCCACACUACCAAGAAUUCAAUUUCCAGGGUCCAGCGUCUGCGUGUGGAUGGAGGAGUCCUGCUGAAAACACAAAACAGGUGGAGAGGAUCCUGGGAGGGAUGGGGUAGGGUUCUCGAUGAGGGUCCCGGCAGCAAACUGCUCCGUUAGGGUAGAAUCAGGCCCGGGUGAGAUGCCUGAGAAUGGACGUUCCCGGAGGAAACGGGUGCCGAAGACGUGCGACUGCUGCGGGCCCCACGGCAAGCCCCACGUGCCAGGACACCAGCAAGUGCUGAAGAAACGUGGACGCAAGAAGAAAGAGAUGGUGAGCCAAGAGGAGGAAGUGGCGGCAGAGGAGGUGGUGAGCUCGUCGGCAGUGGACUCGAUUGUCAUUUGUGAAGCGGACACAGCUUCUGAGAUGGAGGAGGAACGGUCUCCUAAAGGGAAGCCGGACCUUUCCCAGACUGAAGGUGGGAGUGAAAGCACCAUCUUGGUAAACGGCUUGGAGAACAGUGCUCAUGCCAACUGUGACACCAAAGAGCUGAGCUCCACCGAGCAGAGCCGUCCCGUUGAGAGCAGUUCUGCCACACUGAAUGACUUAACUAAGAACCCCCCCGAUUCUUCCUUGAUCAGCGCAGAGCCGGACGUUUUCACUCACACUGAUGCCAUGGAAACUGAGCCGUCCAGCUUGAGCACUAAUGUGGACAAGGCUUCCUGGGACCAUCACUACUGCAAGCCCCUCGCUGGGCAGAACAAGAACCACUUCAGGGAGGAGACAGGGCAACCGUCUGCAAAGCCUCCGGUCGAAUUUACAACGGAGGGCAUCAUCGAGUGUAUUCAUGAAUUCCUGGAGCAGUUCUAUGGGAAAUAUGGAAGCUUCACCCCAUUAAGGGAUUCUGACGUCCUCUAUCACCUAAACCAGACAUUUCAGUCUGAUCUAAAUGACAGGAUGAAGCUGAUAACAAAAGAAGUGGCCAAGUACAGGGCUGGUCUGGCCUGUGCUCCUAUGCGUUUCUUCCAAGUGACCUACAACAAGCACACUUUGACCUUAGAUGACCUUUCAACACUUGAUGACCAAAACUGGGUCAAUGAUCAGGUGAUUAACAUGUAUGGAGAACUGAUCAUGGAAGCUACAAAUCAUAAGGUUCAUUUCUUCAACAGUUUUUUUUACAGACAGUUUGUAGCAAAAGGUUAUGAAGGAGUGAAACGAUGGACCAAAAAGGUUGAUCUGUUUUCUAAGACACUGAUCCUGAUUCCUCUGCACCUGGAGAUCCACUGGUCGCUCAUAUCCCUGGACGUCUCCAAGCAAAGCAUCAACAUCUUCGACUCCCAGGGCAUCCUGUUCAAGUUCGCUGUGGAUAACAUCCUGAAAUACAUCCUGGCAGAAGCCAAGGAGAAGAAACAAGACGUCUUUCAGAAGGGCUGGAAGAUGGUCAUCAACAGGGCCAUUCCACAGCAGAAGAACGACAAUGACUGUGGGGUUUUUGUCUUGGAGUACUGCAAGUGCCUGGCGUUCAUGAAGCCCCUGCUCUUCACUCAAGAGGACAUGCCACGCGUCCGCAAGAGGAUCUACAGAGAGCUGUGUGAGCGCAGACUGUCCGACUGUCUAAACCAAGACAAAGCCUCAUAGACUCCAGUCUGGAUGAUGAACGCAACAGGAGGGAAAGGACAAAGAAACCCAAAGUUCUGGACAGGCAAAGCUGGAAGCUCCC